CCCAGAAGCAAAAGCGGAAACAAAAGAGUCUCACCGGCGUCCCCGCCCGCAUACUGGCGCUGGGGCGCACUCGGAACGGGCACCGGCUCCCGGAGCGAGCGAGAGAGCAGCAAGCCGGGACCCGCCCGGCUGAGCCAGCCGAAUAGCCAGCGAACCGAGUCCGCAACGAUCCCACGCCUCCGAGCCCCGAAGCCGUCCCCCACCGGCCAGUGUCCCCGCUGUCCUCCCUGACCCAUGGCGCUGAAGCGGAUUCAGAAAGAAUUAAGUGAUCUACAGCGUGACCCACCUGCUCACUGUUCGGCUGGACCUGUGGGAGAUGACCUGUUCCACUGGCAAGCAACUAUUAUGGGGCCUCCUGAUAGCGCAUAUCAAGGUGGAGUCUUCUUUCUCACUGUACAUUUCCCGACAGACUAUCCUUUUAAACCACCAAAGAUUGCUUUCACAACAAAAAUUUACCAUCCAAACAUAAACAGUAAUGGAAGUAUUUGUCUCGAUAUCCUGAGAUCACAGUGGUCACCGGCUCUGACUGUAUCAAAAGUUUUAUUGUCCAUAUGUUCUCUACUUUGUGACCCUAAUCCAGAUGACCCCUUAGUACCAGAUAUUGCACAAAUCUACAAAUCAGACAAAGAAAAAUACAACAGACAUGCAAGAGAAUGGACUCAGAAAUAUGCAAUGUAAAAUCAAAAAAAUUUUCAUAUAUACCAGAGUACUGUAAAAUCUAGGUUUUUUUUCAACUUUGGCAGUAAAUCGAGCACUGUUUACUGUUUCAUUGUACCAUGAAAUCUUUUGAUUUUUACCCAUUUUAAAUGUAUUUCUGAAGCAAGACAAAAGAAACUUCCAAAAAUAUCCUUAAGACUGUGAUGAGAGCAUUUAUCAUUUUGUAUGCAUUGAGAAAGACAUUUAUUAUGGUUUUUAAGAUACUUGGACAUCUGCAUCUUCAGCUUAUAAGAUCUACAAUGCACCUGAAAAGCAACCAAAUUAUUUUUUGCUGAAACUAGAUGUUUUUACAUGAAAAAUACUGUAUGUGUUGUCUAAGAUGUCAAUUUUAUAAAUCUGUAUUCAGAUUUCAUUCUUUGUUAGCUCACUUUAUAAUUUGUAUUUUUUUACUGUAUAGACUAAAUAUAUUCUAUUUACAUGUAUGUAAACUCAUUACUUUUUUCCUGUGAACAGUAUUGAAAAACCCCAACUGAUAAUGAAAUUAAUUAACUGUCUGUCUCCCUUGUCUUAGGGUAUUCUGUAGAUUGGCUACAGAUUUCUUAAACCUGAAAUGAUCUUUACACUGUAAUUCUCAGUAUACUGAUUAUGGAGAAACACUUGUUUUGAUUUUGUUAUACUUGACAACUUUAUUACAAUGUGAAUUAAUUGCACUGCUAAGUAGGAAGAGGUGUAACUUUUGUUUGUUACUAUUCACAUCUGAGUUUUUUUCUGUAUAGGCAAUAUUAUAUUGACACCUUUUACAGAUCUUAAUGUAGCUUUUUCCAUAUAAAUAAAAUUCUUUUUCUACUA